AUGCCUCGACGUGCGCCUGCAACAGCAGCUGCGUCUCAACCAAAUUCGCUUGGUUUUCAACAGCGAAAUGUAUAUACAAACGAUCCUGAAAGUUCUACAACGGCGACCAGUUGUUAUCGAACACCGACGAACAUGAAUGCUCAUAAUACAACACCGAAUUACACGCCACCAGGUCCAAUUCAACCUGCUAAUUUUGGUCCACCACCGCCACCACCGCCGGCACCACGAGAAAGUCUUAUUGACAAAGCUUAUGUGACAUCUAUUCGAGGCAUGCUGAAAUUUGGUUGUUUGCUAUUUUGUUUCAUUGCAUUCAUGUGUGUCGUGUCAACGCCACAAUGUAAUGGCAAUCACGUAUUUCUGGCGUCUGUUACUUGGUUGGUCAUGAUUAUGCAGGUGAUGAUUAUUGUCGCUUUCGUAUUUCGAUUGAGAACACGAUUCACUGGUAUUGAUUUCGAGUUUCUGGACUUCUUUUCAACAUCUCACGAUGCUCUCUAUCUUUUGAUUGCAUCGAGUGUUACAAUUCAUUAUUGUCGAAUUCCUGGACAAGUUGCUGGCGGAGUCAUGGGAAUUUUUGCAUUUUUAUUCUUGGCUGGCGAUGCUGUUGUCAUUUUCUUGGCUCGACGAGAUGCGUUAAUUCCUAUUCAACAUGGUGUUCGAUGA